ACCCUGGGUUGUCUGUCUGCCGUCUGGUCUCCACCCUGGGUUGUCUGUCUGCCGUCUGGUCUCCACCCUGGGUUGUCUGUCUGCCGUCUGGUCUCCACCCCUGGGUUGUCUGUCUGCCGUCUGGUCUCCACCCUGGGUUGUCUGGCUGGAAAGGUCUGAAGACAGAGUGCUGUAGACUGAAUGUACAUGGAUGGAGGACUUCCAACUUGUGACCUGGGGAACUGAUUUGGGGGUGACCCCGAGUAAAGGAGUCCAGAAGGGAACACAACAUUGCAUCGUGGGACAUGAAUGCAGUAAAAGCAACUGGCCUGUCUGCCCCCAGUAAGGAGAACAGGCAAAGUCAUCAAAACACUAAAGAGGAUGAUGACAGGAAGGUCCCUAGCAGCCUCUCCACCAGGAAACAGACCUCGGUCAAUGGGAGCAAAAACUUUCUGCAGUUGAGACUCCAGCAGAGGAGGACUCGAGAGCAGCUGGCAGACCAGGGCCUCACGCCUCUGAACCAUGGGAAGUUUCCUAAGCAGGACUCAUACGCGUUCGAGGAGGACAGCAGCAGUGACAGUCUGUCUCCAGAGCAUCCCCACAGUGACGAGUCCCAAGGCUCCGCAUGCCCCUCCUCAGAGGUCAUAGGCAGAACCCCCUCCUCGUCCUCAUCACCAGCCCUCACUAGCCCUAGACAGGGGUGCCAGAACAGGGACCCCUCGGAUCCGAGCCAGGAAGAUUGCUUGUCUGCAGCUAAUGGGCUGUCUUCCACCUCACAUAUAUCUGUCCCUGCUAUAGUUAAGUCCAAGACGUCAGACAAAAAUCGCCACAAGAAGCCCAAAGACGUGAAACCCAAGGUGAAGAAGCUCAAGUAUCACCAGUACAUCCCUCCAGACCAGAAGGCGGAGAAGUCGCCCCCUCCCAUGGACUCGGCCUACGCCAGGCUCCUGCAGCAACAGCAGCUCUUCCUCCAGCUGCAGAUCCUCAGCCAGCAGAAGCACGCCCACACACACUCACACCCCCAACACUCCCCGAACACACAGGUUCAUUCCCAGCAACGGCAGUCCAGCUUCAGCUACCAGCCCCUGCACCAGCCAGCCCAAGCCCAAAAACAAUCCAGUGAGCAGGUAACGGCGUGUAGCUCCAGUAUAACAAACACAGUGAACAGUAGGACCUCGUCCCCAGUGAAGACCACAUACUCUGGUCAAACCAACGUCUCGCCAGUCAAACCUGGUCCUCUGCCAGCUAAUCUGGAUGAUCUGAAAGUUUCUGAGCUGAGACAGCAGCUGCGUAUACGGGGCUUGCCAGUGUCUGGGACCAAGAUGGCCCUCAUUGAGAGGCUCCGCCCCUUUAAGGACCCCACCUCAAGCCCCUGUCAUUCGGGCUCCAAUGACAUCACCACAGUCACCUUCCCCGUCACCCCCACGGGGUCCCUGUCCUCCUACCAGUCACCCUCCUCCUCCAGUGCUCUCUCCCAGGGGGGGUACUACCCUUACCCCAGCACCUCCUCCACUCCUCCCAUCUCCCCAGCCUCCUCAGACCUCUCCCUCAGCGGCUCCCUGCCAGACAGCUUCAGUGACGUGCCCAUGUCCUCUCCUCCACAGUUUGGCCUCCAGCCGUCCCCGGCACAGCUCAGCGCUGAGGAAGGCAUGGGGGGAGGGAGUCUGAGCGGGGCAGGACUACGGGGAGGGGAGGGUGGGGGUAUGGAGGGUUUAGAGGCGGAGAAGGACAAGAUGUUGGUGGAGAAACAAAAAGUGAUCGAGGAGCUGACGUGGAAGCUGCACCAGGAGCAGAGACAGGUGGAGGAGCUAAAGAUGCAGUUGCACAAGAGGAAGCGUUGCCAUGGCACCACGCAGGAGAGCAUCCCGGCUCCGUCCCAGCCCCACCACCUGCACCUGCAGCAGUCCCCUUCUGUGAUGGGGCAGCACUUCUUCGGGGUGACCGUGAAACAGGAGCCCAUGUCCCUCUCGUCCAGCUGCCCCCUCUCCUCCCCCAGGCACCUGAAGAGCCCUCCAGGAAGCUGCAUGGAGGCGACCGGCCACUUUGGUGCCUCGCUGCCCAGCAUGGGGGGCCCUGGUGGAACACGAUGCCUGGACUCAGUCCCCUCGUCUGGAAGUCCCUCUGGCAUGUCUGCCUUCCUCAGCCCCCAGUGCUCUCCUCAAGACUCACCCAUUGCCAAGACUUCCAGCAGCCCCCAGCCGUCCUCCCCCAACAACCCCUACCUACUCUCACCGCCGCUGGGAAGAGAUGGGUGUAGCCAUCCCUUGAACCAGGCCAGCACCAGGCCCCGCAACAUGCAGAUUCAGCAGAAGAAUGGUGGACAGGCUGUGAACUGCCCCUAUCCCUUAGUGUUCCCCAACUCAGCCGACCACACUCUCACCCGCAGGGGCAACACUAAAACCACAAACCCCAGCAUGCAACAGAAGAUGGCUAUUUUGCCUUCUCCCCGGCACGUUGGCCAAAAGGGCCCGGUCUCGUCCCCUGCCUUCUGUAGCUCAGAUUCAGCUGCAUCUGACUCUAGACAGCCCCCUUGCUAUGAGGACGCAGUCAAGCAGCAACUGACCAGAAGUCAGCAGAUGGAUGAGCUUCUGGAUGUGCUCAUAGAGAGUGGAGAGAUGCCAGCUAACGCCAGAGAAGAGAGGGAGAGGUCCUCUGUAACCAAAGUUGUCCCUCACAUUACAGUGUCCCCCGGAACCGCCGGCCAUGCCGUCCCAAAGUUCCACCAACGACACUACGAGCACCUGUCCCCCUCCCAGCUCAACUAUGACCACACAGCCAAUCACAUUGCAGACAGCCACCUAGAGACCCUGCUGGGAAGACCCCUAAGCCGAGGGGGUGAGGUUGCCCUCCUGAAGUUGGCCGCAGAGGAAGCAGGGCAGGGGGAGGAGGGGAGUCAUGGAGCGGAGGGCUAUCCCAGCACGAACCACCAUCACCACCAGCACCACUCUCAUCAACACCCCCACCAGGACAAAGCUCUCCCCAACAGGGACUUGAUGGAAACUGCAACGCCUCCCAUCCACAUAAAAAUGCCGUCAGCCGCCGAGGCGCAAGGGAUGGUCGGAAUGACGUUUAGCGAGUCCCCGUGGGAGACGAUGGAAUGGCUGGACCUAACACCCCCCAGCUCCGCUACUGGGUUCAGCUCUGUGCCACCCUCCGGGCCAAGCAUCUUCAACACAGAGUUCCUGGAUGUUGCAGACAUAAAUUUGAAUACAGCAAUGGACCUUCAUCUAGAGCACUGGUGAAGCACAGACGGGCUAUGGACUGGCUAGCUACCAAGACAAAGAAAAACACAGCAGAUGACUUGCUAGCAUUAGCUGGCUAAGCAGAAAACCUAGACAACAUAACAAGAGACUGUAGUGUCUAGCUAGUUCUCCAAAAUACACAGAACGAAAAUAGCUAGUCACCAGCAUCCAGAUAGCAAAAGAACUGGUUAGAUACUAAAACACAAACAAGCGACAGAAGCACUGAACCGCCACCAAAGACAGAGCAAGAGCUCAAGUUAUGAACUAAAAUUUGUCUGGGUACCGAAAAGUCACAGUGGGAUUUUAAGUGCCUCAAUUUGUCAAAGGACUUACCAAACAAAAAGCACAGUCACAGUCUUGCAAAUAAAUAUUCAGCUCAGAAAAAAUCAAAAACAGACACCAGUUGGUGCUGUUUGGCAUUAUCUAUGUCUUCUUGGACCGUGAUGGAUUCAUCCAUGAAGGAAGUUUAUUAAAUGAAUACUACGGGGAAAAAUAUUCCAACAUUGCCUUACGAGAAAUCUAUAAAAUAUAUGCAAGUAGUUUGAUACAGUUGUGUUUUGCCAUCUAGACUUGAAGACACAUUUUGACAAUCAAUGUAUUAUUUGUGAGAGACAUUGUUUGUAUUACUGGAAAACGAAAGGAGAUUACAAACUUAAUUGGAUGACAUUGAAUGCCAAAUUUGUAAAUAUUAUAUUGAUACUGGCUAACACAUGUUGAGGUAUGCAUAAUUGUCAGUGUGGGAGAAAACAGCAGAAACUCACAAAAUCAAAUGUACCAUUUUAAAUCACAGUUUGAUAUUUUCUAUGUAAAUAUUUCAAAUCUUAUAUUGUGCACCUUGACUAGCAUAGACUAUUACUGUCACACUUUGCUUCAGCCUAGAAUGUAUUUACAAGCAAAACAUUUUGUUUUGCCAUUCAAUGCAAGUGUUGGUGUAGGUUUCUCACGCUUAACUGGUAUAUUUAUUCACAAAAUAAUAUCUCCCUUUAGUUUGAAACCCUUGGGGCCAUCCUUGCAAAGUUUUGUUUAGGCCUGAGCUUUGUUACUGUGGUCUACAGUGGCUAGCUUAAAGCUUUGCUCAUAAAAUAAUUUGCCACAGUGCUGAGGAUGACCCACUAAGCAUGUCUUGUAAUUGAAUAACAAACUGUCAGACCAGUAGAUUCCAACAUGGGUAUAAUUUGGUUACCCCUGCCUUAAUCCAAAACUGCAGUGUGACCGUAUACAGUGCAUUGCAAAUGUCAACGCCUUUACUCAGGCGUUGACAAAAAUUAAGGCUAAAAAGAGGAAGGUUUAUGUAUAUAUGACCAAAUUCAAAGUUUCACACUCAUCCAUGUGUAUUUACAUAAAGUAAAAACUGUAGCAGCAUUAUAUGUUGGUAGCUACAUUAAGGUAAUUAUUAGGUCCUAAAAGUGUUUGGCUGCAAGAUUUAGACACUUCUUUUAGACAAUUCUUUGUCUUGUUUUUGAAGCAUGUAAAUACCUUCAGGCCAAACUCUCCCUUAGCUCAGGGGUUAGAGCCUCCUAAUUCCUGGACAGUCAUCCUCAGCAUCCAGGCUAAGUACAUUAUGCAAGGUUGGCCAAUGGGAAGGCUUGCAGCUGUAGCCAUUUUAGACCACAGGUAUAAACUGUAGAUCAAAGCAAAAGCUUUUUGUCUUCACUUUGUCUUAACACAGGUAUCUUCAGAUGCAGAAAUGCAUGCAUCAUAGACUCACCAAUUGUUCACCCAAAGUUUGUCUAAAACACUGACAGCUCUUGGUUUUUCAGAAGGGGCAUUUACUAGCAAUGUCCGCUCACACCAAACAGUGUUACUCAGGCCACACAAAGCAUCCACAAUAAUUCAAUACAAUAUGGAUGUGGAAUGUUAUGGUACUGCAUAGUGAAUGUUUUACCACCUUUAUUAAACAAUUUAAUAAAUCAUAUUCAAUGAUAAGCUCAAGUUUCCAUCAUUUUAGUCACAGCCAGUAAGUAUGGCAAUAAAAUCUGUCUAAAUUUCAUCUCUUACCUUUUUCCUUUUCAAUAUGUACUUAAUGGAAUUGUUCUGUAUUUUACCUUUGGAAAAUUCAGAGCCUCACUUCUAGUUAUUUAUUUUUGAAUGUUUUUAUUUAUACAUUAUAGUAUAUUUAUAUUUGACAUUCCUUUAUGAUAAAAUGGGAUUAACACCAAAGGUAAUAUGCUGCCAUUCUGAUCAUGCAUUGUUCUUUUUAAAAAAAAGUGUUGUUUAAAAUGGUAUAGCAAACCAAGUAAUUGAAAAAAAUAACUAUUUUCUAUAAUUCAUUAAGUUUUCCAAGGACAACUAUGAUGUAAAAGUACUGCAUAUGCAGAGUACAAUUCCAUUCUUACGAGCACUUGGGAAUAUCCAAAUAUAAUAAAUAGAGCUAUCUUUGACUAUCCUAACUGUGAAACUAGCACAUGAUAAUCCAUGUUUAUUAUGUUACAUAACGUUUAACCUUUUUAUAAACUUGGUAUUAAACCCACCAUUAUUCUAUAGAGGUUUGGGAUAGGAUCUGUACAAUGAUUGUAAAGCAGAAAUGAAAAGCAUGCAGUUUACUGAAAUGUAUUCAUAAAAACUGUGAAUAUAGCAAAAUAACUAGCAGUCUGCAAUACUUGUGUGAUCUUGGCUAUAGCUAUGUAAAAUAUAGCUAAACUAAUAGGACUGUUCUUGUAAAGGUACAAAUGUAGAUAGAAUAUGUAAACAUGACUAUGGGUAUCCUUUUAACAACAGGGCUUCACCACCACAAUGCCAAUGAGUUUGUCUUAGAUUUUGUGAUGACACUGAAAUGCAGAAGAAAUGUCAAAACACUAACUUUGUCCUAGACUAGCUAACAUUCAGAUUUGGUUCAGUAUUACUGUUCAUUUUUCGUGUUUUUUUGACCAAGAAAUUGGAAGUGAUUUCCUUCAAAUGCUGUUUUAAAAUGAAGUUCAACACCUUUUUUCUUUGUUACUUAAGCUGUGGCACCCAUUUGUAUAGGACUUUUGCUGCAACCCCUGUUCAUAAAACAUAGGUCCAGGUUUUGUAAGCAAUUCAUGCAACAAAAACUAGAACGCACCACAUCUUGUCAUUGUUAGGCAUUUCACAGAUUUAUAGGAGGUAAGGUUCCCCUACAGUAGCUUAAUCUAAUAUCCAGGGGUGACUUGCUUUUUUAAACUUCAACAUUUCACAUCUGACAAAAAGCUUCCUUGUUGCUUGGCCACUGGACAGCUUUAACGUGUCUACCAGUAUGUGUCCACACCACUGUAUUACUGAAGAGAAAAGAAAUAAACUUAAACACAAAUAA